AGAAAGUUAUUCAGUCGAAUUUUACUAGUCUUUGCAUAAAGACCAACAAAUUAAAAAGUCACAUCUAUUGAAUUCUAUAGUUGAUACUCUUAUCUUAAAGUACCCGAAAUAAAUAGAAAAUGUCGAGUGUUGUAAAGUGCAAUAAAUUGGAAAUUUUUCCCUUGGACGAUGGAUACAUUUGCUCGAUGAAUGUCGAUAUCCGUGACGAAUGUGUGGCUUCAUUGAAACAAAGAUUACUACAAACCGUCAUCAUUCUCGAUCGAUCUGGUUCCAUGGGACAAUCCGUUCAUAGGGUUGUCAAUGAAAUGCUGCCAAUUUUUUUCAAACGAUUGCAUUACAGUCCUGAUGAUAUUAUUCACCUUAUUACGUUUGAUUCCGUCUGUGAACUCUUAACUCAAAGGGUUGACGAUUUUGGAAAGUUGCCCAUAAAUUGCAGGGGUUGCACAAAUAUGACGUUGGCAGUGCACAAGUUCCAAGAACUUUUUUCGACCUUGGAUAUGAACAUUCCAGUGAGGGUUUUAACCAUUUCAGAUGGAGACGUGGACAGUCAGGUCGCUACAAAACGAGCUGGUGACAACCUGGCAAAAUUUAUUUCCGAUUUUCAAGUGCCCAUUAACUCACAGGCAAUGCGGUUGUUUACAUCUGAGAAUCAACCAGACACAACGGCUCUUUGCAGCAUGUUACAGAUAAAUAAUACAAUAGCCACUCGUCUUUUAGAUGCGUCUGCAUAUUCGCUAUCUGAAUACAUUACACCAUUGGUUGAGCUUUUCAGUUCUGACGGUUUUUCAAACGGACUUUCAAUCAUGGCAGAGAAACCAGUUUUUCUUAAUUUACCUUGGGAAAAUGAAGGACUGAAUAGGUUGAUUGUCCGAACAGGUCAGAAUGUGUUUUGGAUGAAAAACACAAUUCCUAAUGAUGUCCGAAUCGAGGGUGAAGCGGUGAACGUGAUUUUGGAACCAACUUUGACUCAUGCUAAGUUCUAUUCACUUCUAACACAUAAAAUGCCAUUUAUCGUCGACAAUAUGAAAAUCUUGAGAGUUCUUGGUACAGACAAGGCAACCGAAACAGCCAAAGUAAUUCUAGAGUAUUUUAAUAAGGCGGAAGAUAGCUUCGCUAUUGAGAAAGAAGAGCCUACGGACAAUGCCAUGAAUUUGAAGGCUCGCGUGAGGAAAAUGAUCGCUUCGCGCCGAAAAACUUUUUCUAAUCUUCUAGCAAGUAUCGCCAACGACGAUAACAUUUCCAAACUAAAUUCCGCUCAGAAAGCAGACUAUUUGCGUCAGGUGGACAUGUCUCAAAACAGUCGUGGCCUUGCUCGCAGGGCUGUAAAAGAAGGUCUUAACUUUGAUGAAAUUGCCCGGAACGAAGUUUUGGCGAUGGCCCAGCAUUUCCAUAAGAUUGCAGACAUCGACGAUACCAACCAUGAAAUCUCGUUCUUCUCCCAAGACACAACUCUCGGUGGUAUCAAAACGUUAGUGGAACUAUCACAAGACGAUCAUUUCCAGACAUUCAGCGUGCACGAAAUCAUCGAAAUUUUGAAUCUCGUCGGAGUAGCUUGUAGUGGGCCAAUCGGAGAUUAUCCUGAUCCAUCGACAUGGAAAGUGAAGGAGAUAUUUUUGGGUUGCAACGUCAGUUUAUCAGAUAUUUUGGUCGCCUACAAUCAAUCGAAUGGAGAAAGUUUGAGAGUACCUGCCAUCGACAAAGAAAUCACCAAUGUCAUCCCAGUGUUCGAUGAUGCUAGGAUUGGUCACUUCUUAAAGAAAUAUGCUCCAUCGCUUUUGGAAUACACUUUUUCGAUUGGAAUGAGACGGAUCAUUGCCGAUGUUCCAAUGACUAUUGGCUACACAAUGUGCGCGGGUAUAUGGAAAAUGUUCUACGAACUGAACAAGAGCAGGACGUCAUUGCAUUUGGAAAUAUUCAAGAAAUUCAUUACCACGUUCGACAACUUUGUCGGUAGAUACUUUGACCACAUUAAUCCACUGUUGCGUGAUCAGAAAUGCGAAAAUCGAAUGUUUUACCUUGCUAACAAUGGAAUACCAAACAUGAUGAGCCCACUCAUUCGAAUUUACAAAGAAAACGAUGCCGAAAAGCUGAAACUCGUUCCAGCUAUACUCCGAUCAUUAUAUUCCUUUGAAGUGUGGCAUGCUAUUCGUCGUUUAUAUAAGAAGAGUGAAGACGCUGACCUAACUUGUCACAAUAUCCUCUACAAACUUUUGGGCAUUGAUAUGUCAAAGAAAGUUAAAGUUAUGCCACCAUUUGUUGACGAGCCUCGCGACAUAAAGUUCUACGAUGAAGCGAAUCAAAUCAAUUACGAAUAUCUGGACGAACUGGCGAAACCAAUAUUUUUUGUCAAUUAUUUGACUCUAAUACCAAAAUACUUGAAAAUGAUAAUCACUGACUCGGAUUCAGUCAAAGACAUCGCAACUUUGAGCAGACGUACGAUACUUGAAGCUCUUGAUGUAGAAUACGAAUAUAAAGAAUUUGUGCUCUUCAACGUGUUCCAGGCACUUCGAUUUAGCACACGAGCUCUCCGUGAAGACACUGAUAGCGAAGAAAUGAAAAUCGCUGAUCCAAAGGAUCACGACGAGUGUAUGGAAGAGAUAAAGAGUUACAUCCGCAAGCAAUAUGAACAAGACUACGUGCAGCAAUUGCAAGAAAAAUCCAAAAUCGAGAAUGAAAGGAUGGGCGAUCACAUCGCCUCAAAAAUCCUCGGCGCUGAAACAUAUGACGAAGUUAUUUCAAUAUGGCGCAACGGAUUGAUCAGAAACAAUGUUACCUACAAAAUUUCCACCCCAUCAAGCGCUGGCUUUAAGACAUUGCUCCACGACCUGUUUCGUAAGAAAGUCGUACCACAACGAAUCAACAUCGUAAAAUGCCUUCUACUGGGCGUUGAUGACAAAGACGAGGCAGUAUGGAAUCACGGAGGUGUAUGUUUCUCGAUCAACCUCAUAGAUAUGAAAGCCAAUUUUGUUAAGUUCGGUUCGUGGGAAGAAUGGAAUGCAAUCAUGGUUGAAUACAAAAAGAAGGGAAAACACAUUUAUCGCGAACACAAGAACAAUCAACAUGGUCACGGUAACGAUAAACCUUCAUUUUGGGCUAUGGGAUAUAGUACAAUGGUUGAAUUUCGUGACACCGUUUCUUUGAGUGAAUUCAAGAAAUAUUGCAAAAAUCACCGACAAUGCUGCGGCGUUCGCAAUUUGGAAGAUGAUUUCCUAAAAUCACUUGAUGACGAUACGUAAUACUCACUGCUAUAAACGCCAGAUAGAACAACAACAUCCGAUAUUUUCAGGAUGAAUUCAAUUUAAAAAAAAAAAAAGUGCCUUGCUAAGUAUGGCCACUGCGCUUCUCGUAGGUCCUUGGUGGACUAGAUGUUAUGCAGUAAUUGCUAGGGCGAGGCAAAAACUUAUAUAAAAUAAACAUUUGAAGAAAAUAAAGAUGAAAUGAAGGAGGAAAAUUGCUUUGAAGUUUAAAAUAUUUCCGGUUUCCAGAUUGCUCCUCCUCUAUUCCUUCACACACGGAUUAAAUACAAUGUCCAUUUAAAGCCUGGUGCAUAGUGAUUUAUUGACGAUAUUUAAUGACAUAAUCUACAGCA